AUGUGGAAGCCGCACCUUAAUUUUGUGCUCUUGCAUUAUGCCUACAUAAUCUUCCUAGGGAUAGUCGGGCUCAUCGUCAUCUACCCCUAUGGAAACCUCAGAGCCGUCGACGCCUACUUCUUUGGCGUCAGCGCCACUACCGAGUCAGGUCUAAAUACUGUGGAUGUCAAAGAACUGAAGACGUAUCAGCAACUGGUCAUCUACUUUCUCCCGAUAAUCACCAACCUUGGUUUCGUCAACAUCAUCGUUGUCAUCGUCCGCCUCUACUGGUUUGAGAAACGAAUCAAGGAGGUUGCGCCCGCUCUUCUUCAGCCUUUUCCCGCCGAGUCACAGUCGACCGCUGUGGAAAAAGAUGUUGAGGCCCAAAUAAACCGCUCAUCCGGGCGUGCGAUCCCCGAGAAAGCACCUGGUGCUACCGGUUUAGAUCCGUCAGGCGAGAGCGAGUCCAAUAAUGGAUCUAAGACUUCAGCAUUGGAAAGUCCACAUGGACCUGACGCAGCGAACCUUGCCCCAAGACAGAUCGUCUUUGCUGAAGGUACACGGCCUCCACCGAGCAGCAAGGCACUUCGCGUGCCUUCUCCCCGUGAACGGGAAAAAGGCCAGCCACUGGAAGAAGUUCCUGACGUCCUCAGUGACGAAGACGAGGAUAUGGACAAGAUCACCCGUGUCACCACGUCCGAAGAGCCAGCCGGACUAACCCGCCGUCGUACUCGCGCCGGCCCAAGUUUGGCAUCGGCCAGGUCAAUCGAGCGCGCCGCUUCUUCUAUGUUCGUCCUCGGAGCGGAUCCCAGUCCGCAAAGGCCCUCGAUGUCUCGCCGUUCCAUGUCCAUCUCCCGCACUUCAACAGACGCGCCUUAUCUUUCGAAACAAGUGACGAUUGGAAGGAACUCGGAGUUUUACAACCUUACUGCGGAAGACCGAGAGAGAUUGGGCGGGAUUGAAUACCGUAGCUUGAAACUACUGCUCAAAAUCGUUGUCGGCUACUUCUUCGGACUCCACCUGUUUGGGGCCAUAUGUCUCGCGGGCUGGAUCCAAACGGCCAACAGCAAGUACCGUGACUAUCUGGAAGAAUGCGGCCAAGAUAAGACGUGGUGGGGCUUCUACUCGUCGCAAACGAUGAUCAGCAACCUCGGCUUCACUCUAACCCCAGACUCGAUGAUCACCUUCCAAGACGCAACCUUCCCGCUGCUCGUCAUGACCUUCCUCGCGUACGCCGGCAACACGUGCUACCCGUGCCUCCUGCGUUUCGUCAUCUGGACCAUGUCGAAGCUCGUCCCGAAGCACUCGUCGCUGCAAGAGCCCCUCCGCUUCCUCCUGGACCACCCGCGCCGCUGCUACACUCUGCUCUUCCCCGCGCGCACGACGUGGAUCCUGUUCGGCAUCCUCUUCGCCAUGAACUUCAUCGACACACUCCUCAUCCUCGUCCUCGACCUGCACAACCCGGUCAUGACCGCCAUCCCCGGCGGCGGCGCGCGCGUCCUCGCCGCCCUCUUCCAGGCCGCGUCGUCGCGGCACACGGGCACCGCCACCUUCAACCUGGCCGACGUGCACCCGGCGGUGCAGUUCAGCCUGCUGGUCAUGAUGUACAUCUCCGUGUUCCCGAUCGCCAUCUCGGUGCGCGCGUCGAACACGUACGAGGAGCGCUCUCUAGGCCUCUACGCACCAGAGCCCGAGCCGAACGAGGAGAAUGCGGCCACCUACCUCGUGAACCACCUCCAGAACCAACUCUCGUUCGACCUGUGGUACAUCUUCCUCGGCAUCUUCUGCAUCUGCAUCGCCGAGGCCGACCGCAUCGCCGACCAGGCCGACCCGGCGUUCCAGGUCUUCCCCAUCUUCUUCGAGGUCGUGUCGGCGUACGCCAACGUCGGGCUCAGCCUCGGUUACCCUACCGUGCUGACUAGCCUGUCUGGACAGUUUACGACGUUUAGUAAGCUGGUUAUCUGCGCGAUGAUGAUUCGUGGCCGCCAUCGCGGGUUGCCGUAUGCGCUGGACCGCGCUAUCGUGUUGCCUGGCGACGUGCUGGAGGACAAGCGCGGAGGCGGGGAGAGUGACAGGGCUGCUUCGGCUGCGGGGGAGCGGAAGGAGAAGGAGAGGCUUGGGGAGAAGCUGAAGCGCUUCUACACGAGCUGA